AUGCAGCAGAUUUACAGUGAUGUGUACAUUGGUGAUAAAAUGUACAAAUUUGAAAUUGAUACAGGUGCAGGGGACAAUUUCAUGUGUAAGGAAGUAUGGGCAGACUUGAGCAAACCACAGUUGUCCAAAUUUGAUGCUAAAUACCUCUCAGCAUCAGGCCAUAAUCUUCCAGUCCUCGGCAUGUUCUCAACUGUAGUGAAGAACAGCAGUAAUCAAUCAGAAAUGAUUCGUUUCGUAGUGUCAGAAAUGCCCGGACUUAAUCUUCUGGGCAGAGAAGCUAUCUGUAAGCUUGGAAUUUCAGUAGAUGCUCUAUUGGCAAUGGAUAACAAACCUAUGGAUCACCCAGUACCUACUAUUCACAGCCCUGAUUCUCAUCCAGAUGAAUCACUUCAGAAUGCUUGCAUACAGAUGUGCGAUGAAUUUUCAGAUCUAUUCAAACCAGAGCUAGGUUGCUUGAAAGAUAUGGAACUGGAAGUAAAAUUCAAAGAGAAUUCAACGCCAGUUUUUCGUAAGGCGCAUCCAGUGCCUUUCGCUAUACAACAUGACUUGGCUCAAGCCUAUAAGGCAGGGAUAACGAGAAGUAUCUGGACACCUGUUAAGUUUAAUGCAUAUGGUACACCCGUGGUCCCAGUGCGCAAGGAUAAUAAAUUAAGAGUUUGUGGGGACUACUCGGCUACAGUGAAUCCACAGUUAGAGGAUCAUCGCCAUCCACUACCUUUGCCAGAAGACCUAAUGCGUAAAUUGUCUAAAAUUGAUUUAGCAGAUGCUUACAACCAGAUUUGGUUGGGUCCUGAAAGUCAAAAACGACUGGCACUUAAUACUCACCAAGGAGUUCUCCUCCAGACGCGCCUACCUUUUGGUAUCAAAAGUGCACCAGGUUAUUUCCAGAGCAUCAUGGAACAACUGAUAGGUAACCUUCCAGGUGUUGCUGUAUAUCUUGAUGAUAUCCUAGUUAGUGGACAUAAUGCUGAGGAACAUUUACACAACCUAAGACAGCUUCUACAAUGCUUGCAGGAGAAUGGUCUAAGAUGCAGGAGGGAGAAAUGUGAGUUUGCACAAGCAGAAAUUGAGUACCUAGGACACAAACUAUCAAAUCAAGGUGUUGCGAAAGGUCAUAAAGUGGAAGCGGUACUUCAAAUGCCACCACGACAGAUGUCUCAACACUGA